AUGGAUGCGCUUUUGUCCCGCCUAGACGAGCUCGUCCUGAAGCCAGAACUCGCGCCACUCCUGUCCCUAUUCAAGGGUGCGCGCAAUGGAAUAAUCUACGGAUCGAAAGUGCGGUUCCCGCAUGCGUUGGUGAUGAUAUUCCUCUUUCGAUCUGGGACAUUCCGGCAAAAGCUCAAGCUCGUCCUCAACGCAACACGCCUACACGCGCGAAACCUCUCCACAUUCGCAGUUAUCUAUAAACUCUCCAUGAUCGUCCUGCGGAACCUGAACCCCUCCGGCUCCGGAAAAGAGGGUCGCUACGAUAGUUUCUUUGCCGGGUUGAUGGGCGGAUAUGCAGUCUUCGGCCGCCAGCCGGGAAGCGUUAGCCAGCAGAUCGUCAUCUAUGUCUUCGCUCGCGUAAUGCUGUCACUCGCGAAACUCGCAGUCCAACCUAACAUGCACCCUCUCUCCUCCCUCAUCACCCCCGAAGCUCGCACCAAAAUCACCGAUAAUGCCUGGCCUGUCUUCGCCAGUAUGACCUGGGCUUUUGUCAUGUAUAUCUUCCGCUGGUACCCGGAUACCCUUGUAUCCAGUCUGCGGAGCAGCAUGGUUUAUAUCUAUGCCGACUCGGACCACUGGGACUCAUUCCGCACCCUGUUUAUCCACAACAAAUAA